AUGCAGCUGGAUGGUGUUUCCCCGCCGCCAGAGCCCAUCGAGGCCAAGCAGGGAGACCACGAGAAGGUCAUGGACGAGGAGGCCGACUUGAAGCCAAUUGACAACACGCCUUACGAUGACCCAUUCGGUAACGAGCAGAACGCCGAGGUCAAGUACAAAACUCUCAAGUGGUGGCAAUGUGGAAUGUUUAUGAUCGCCGAAUCAAUCUCGUUAGGGGUUCUGUCUCUGCCCGCAACCCUCAAGGUUCUGGGUUUGGUCCCAGCGAUCAUCCUGAUCGUUGGCCUGGGGCUUCUGGCCCUGUACACUGGAUACACCAUCGGUCAGUUCCGGCAAUACUAUCCGCACAUUCACAACCUGGCCGAUGCAGGAGAAAUCCUCAUGGGCCGUUUCGGGCGUGAGCUGUUUGGGCUCGGUCAAAUCCUGUUCUCCAUCUUCAUCAUGGGCAGUCACAUCGUCACCUUCACCGUCAUGAUGAACACCAUUACCGAACAUGGCACCUGCUCCAUUGUUUUCAGUAUUGUCGGGAUGGUCAUCUGUAUGGUGCUGUCGCUGCCGCGGACGAUCAAGAACAUGACCUACAUUUCUAUCGCCUCCUUCCUGAGCAUCUUCUCGGCCGUGAUGAUCACCAUGAUUGGCGUCGGUGUCCAAUACAAAGGAGGCGCCAAUAUCAGCAUUACCAGCGAGACCAACAUCUACCAUGCCUUCACCGGUGUGGUCAACAUUGUCUUUGCGUACUGCGCCCACGUCGCCUUCUUCGGUCUCAUUGCCGAAAUGGAGGAACCCAAAGACUUUACCAAGGCGCUCUGUUUGCUGCAGUUCUUUGAGAUUGCCUUGUACGUCACCGCCGCGAUCGUCAUCUACUACUAUGUGGGCAACGACGUCGUCUCGCCGGCUCUCGGUUCGGCUGGUCCGUUGCUGAAGAAGGUCGCAUACGGUGUUGCCAUCCCCACGAUUAUCGGAGCUGGCGUGGUGAACGGCCACGUCGGAUUGAAAUAUAUCUAUGUCCGCAUCUUCCGCAAGACUGGUCGCAUGCAAAGCCGGGAUCUCCUCUCUGUUGGCUCUUGGAUAGCCAUCGGCCUCAGUUGCUGGAUCAUUGCCUGGAUCAUUGCGGAGGGUAUUCCCUCCUUCACCAACAUCGUCAGCCUAAUCAGUUCCCUCUUCGCCAGCUGGUUCAGUUAUGGCUUGCCUGGUGUGUAUUGGUUGCAUAUCAACUGGGGCCAAUGGUUCUCGUCUCCCCGGAAGAUCUGCCUGACAAUCAUCAACAUGUUGAUUGUGGGCAUUGGUGCUACGAUGUGUGGUCUGGGAUUGUAUGUCUCUGGCAAAGCCAUCCACGACGAUACAUCCAACGCCAGCUUCACUUGUGCCAACAAUGCUUAA